AUGUUGGCCAGAUCCGUAUUGAAGAGCAGCGUCAGGGUACUCCCCCUAGUGAGCAAGGCCACUUUCGCCACCACCAGCGUCAGAUGCAAUGUGAUGCAGGACCUGUAUUUAAAGGAGUUGAAGAACUUGCAGAAUGAUAAGACCAUGAUGGACGCUCUAGCAGGUGAGGGAUCCCUGGACAACGUUAAGCAAUGGCACAAUCCAACGGCCCCCAAGGUACCCAGCUCAUUGACAGAGGUGAAUGCCCAGGACAUGGACAGCUACAAGAAGCAGAAGAUCGAGACCCUGCAGACUACGUCUGCCGAUGCCAAUGCUUCUGAGGCUAAUGCAGAGGAGGACUGGCUGGUCUUGGAUGACCUAGAGGAGUCCAGUGCGCACUGA